GCCUUGCCAGUGUGAGGGAAGGGACGGGCGAAGGCUUGACUCGGCCGCUGUGGUGAUAGAUUUGCCCUAACUCAGGCUUUGUUUCGGCCGAAAGCGCGACCGUGCGGUAUCAGUUGCACCAUGGUGAAGGAGACCACAUACUACGAUGUGCUUGGGGUAAAACCCAAUGCCUCUCAAGAGGAGCUGAAAAAGGCUUAUAGGAAACUGGCACUGAAAUAUCAUCCUGAUAAGAAUCCUAAUGAGGGGGAGAAGUUCAAACAGAUUUCUCAAGCCUAUGAAGUCCUUUCUGACCCCAAGAAAAGAGAGUUGUAUGAUAAAGGUGGUGAACAAGCUAUAAAAGAGGGUGGUUCUGGAAGCAGCUUUGGAUCACCAAUGGAUAUCUUUGAUAUGUUCUUUGGAGGAGGUGGAAGAAUGCAAAGGGAGAGGAGAGGUAAAAAUGUUGUUCAUCAGUUGUCAGUAACUCUAGAAGACUUGUAUAAUGGAGCAACACGAAAACUGGCUCUACAGAAGAAUGUAAUUUGUGACAAAUGUGAAGGCCGAGGUGGUAAGAAAGGUGCAGUGGAGUGCUGCCUUAAUUGCAGAGGAACAGGCAUGCAGAUAAGAAUUCACCAGAUAGGACCUGGAAUGGUUCAGCAAAUCCAGUCUGUAUGUAUGGAAUGUCAGGGCCAUGGAGAGCGCAUCAGUCCCAAGGACAGGUGUAAAAGCUGCAAUGGAAGGAAGAUCAUUAGAGAGAAGAAAAUUCUGGAAGUCCAUAUUGAUAAAGGAAUGAAAGAUGGUCAGAAAAUAACUUUUCAUGGUGAAGGUGACCAAGAACCAGGGUUGGAGCCGGGAGAUAUCAUAAUUGUUUUGGAUCAGAAAGACCAUUCUCUUUUUACAAGACGAGGUGAAGACCUGGUGAUGUCUAUGGAUAUCCAACUCGUUGAAGCGCUGUGUGGCUUUCAAAAACCAAUUGCAAUGCUGGAUAACCGAACAAUAAUCAUUACUUCACAUCCUGGUCAGAUUGUCAAACAUGGGGAUAUUAAGUGUGUACUGAAUGAAGGAAUGCCAAUCUAUCGUAGGCCAUAUGAAAAGGGUCGCCUGAUCAUUGAAUUUAAGGUGAUCUUUCCAGAAAGUGGCUUCCUUUCCUCAGAUAAGCUGUGUCUCCUGGAAAAGUUGCUACCUCCAAGGCAAGAAGUGGAAGAAGCUGAAGAAAUGGAUCAGGUAGAGUUGGUGGACUUUGACCCAUCUCAGGAAAGAAGACACCAUUACAAUGGGGAAGCCUAUGAAGAUGAUGACCACCAUCCCAGAGGCGGUGUCCAGUGCCAGACAUCUUAAAAUGGCCUCAUGAUUCCCCUUGUGCUGCUUGUCCUGUAUGUCAGUUGUGGAUGAGUGAAGGACUAAAGUUGCUAAACUCUCUCAAACUUGCCAUUGUCCCUUUAAUAUUUAAACCUAGUUGUUUUUAAAUCAAGUUAACAAAUUUAAAUCAGUAAAACUACACUUCAAUCAAGUUGGAAUGAUGUUCAUAUUUACAAAUGGCCUCCUAAGGAAACCAGAAGUCAGUUUUGCUCUGGCUUUUUUAUUUUGUGCAUCAUAAGUGUAUUGUGUGCAAAUGCACUGGCUUAGUAUUCAGUGAUUUUUUUUUGUUUAGUAUUAUAAAUUAUAUUCCUUCUUAAGUAUGCACAUGUAUUUAUGAUUCAUGUUAAAGAUGUGAAAUUAAAGUUUUGUAUUCAUCCGCUCCUAGAUACAUUGUGUUUUGGCUGUACUGUGGCUGGUUCAGGUUUCACAAAGCAUCUGCAUGGCACUGUACCUUCCUGCCCUGGAAAGUUAAAAGUUCUGCUCUAUCCCGCCCUAAGCUUUAGCUAGAAUGCUGUGUAAAAUUUCUCUUUUAAUAUUAUGCAGAAUCCUAGCAUGGUUAUUGGGUAGAAGAGCUGAAAAUGCAACCUGUGUAAUGGCUCAUGUGAGAUGAACACCAAAACGUUUAAGGCUUGUGAAUAGGAAAUACUUGGCACUUUGAAAAUGGGGCAGUCAUGCAACUAAAAAGUAGCAUGAUUAUUCUUAGUAAUGGUAGAAAACUGUAGAACAUUCAGCUCUGAUUAGGAAAGCUUGACUAAUUGAGCUUAUUAUAUAAUUAGAUUUCAGUGAUCCUAUUUAUAACACAAUUCACAUUCUUAGAUUGUAUGAAUACUUGCAGAAAACUCCUUGCUAAUGUUGGCUCAUUAUUGAACUGGUCACAACAAUUCAUGAUAGUUUUUUGUGUGCAAUUAGUUUCUUAAAAGGGCUACCUCCACUAGUGGCCAUUUCAAAAUGUUAUCUGGUAUUGACCAGGUUUGCACCUAAUGUGGCAAUUCCUGUGUUAAAUGAGCAGAGUAUAUGAUUCAGUUCUGCUUUCAAUUAACAAUCUGGAAAGUAGUUCUUUAUGGGUUAAAAAAUCCAGUGUUAACACAGCCAUGGGUAAUUGCUCAAGGGUUGAUUAAAAGCAGAUAUAGUUCACAAGCCCCAUUUACUCCCAGUAAUUCCUGGUUAAACCACCCAGCAAUUGCCAUGUUAUGUGUGAACCAGGUCAUUGUAACUUCAUGGAUAGACUACUACAGGCUUAUAUUCCAGUUCAUACCUGGACUUCAGUAACUGGGGGAGGGCUUAAUACUGAUUCAAGUGCCUCUUUUGAGACGCCAAUGUACCUAAGUUGACACUUGAUCUUCUAAGAAUUCCAUUGCUAAUGUUUGAUAGGCAAGCCCAGCACUAAUGCGGUAUAUACAGAGCAAGUGGGCUAAUACAGCAUUCCAGUUCCUUAUGUAGUUUCAACACAGGUCUUAUCCAUUUUGAAGCUUUAAUGUGCAACUUCUCCCUAGUCACUUGAGUCUUUGGCAGGGGUUUGAUUAAGUUAUAUAGCAAAUUAUCACGGUCCUUGUGAUAAGGAUGAAUUAGUGGAAUUGAGUAUGUGACUUUAAAAAUGCUUGCAUAUUGUACUUUAAACUGAGUUUCAACCCAUAGUGGGAAAAUAAAUGCUGUCCUUCUAACA